AUGACAGUUGGCAAGGCAAUCCUUGAAUCUCUUUCGGGUGAUGCCGAAAGACUUGGUGAACUGCAGGCUGUUCUGACCCAAAUUGAGGCUGCUAUUGGAGGAAAGAGAUUUCUGAUUUCUGCUUUGAGAUUGUUGCAAGGAACAUGGGCUGCACUAAAAAAUAAUGUACUUCAGUUAGGAAAGUUGCCAUCGGAGCAAUGUUGGUCAACAUUUAGCCGGGUCACAUUCUUUGAUAGGGACAAUGAAGAGCGUGAGCGAUUAGAAAGUAUUGGUAGGUACAUUAUCGAGAAGUGUGACAGUUUGCCUCUUUCUGCAAAGGCUCUAGGAAGCCUUUUGCGUUUGAAAAGUUCAGUGCAGGAAUGGAGGAAUGUGUUGGAUAGUGAGCUAUAA